AUGGCACACGCGAAAGUACGACACGUCAAAAAUGGUCAGGUCGAAAGUGGAUAUAUUAGUGUUCAAGGUUUGAAGAUGUUAAAUGUAUUUAAUGUAGUGAAGAAAAUUUCCCCAGACUAUAGCAAAGAAAAAAAUGGAGAGAAUAUUAACAAAUUAAAAGAAUUGCUUGAGCAUCCUGCAUCAGAGGCAGAUGCAAAUCAUU